AUGCCCCGACAGGAAUCAUACCAAUUCGACUGCGAAACUCGAAGCGUGCAAGUCUGGGACACGGUCGAUGGCUGCGCCAACGGGGAUGCCCCCAUCUUUGACGGCGUCAUCGGUGAAGACCAAUGUACUCCCAUCGGCGGCACCUUUGCUCUCCUGCAAUGUGGCAUUGAAACUGAAGAAGAAGAUACCACAUCUGCCCUGAUUACUGCCCUCGUCUUCAACGUCGUUCUCGCCAUGAUCUUCAUCCUCAUUUUCUGCUGCUGUCGACGCAAACACCCCAAGACCUUUGCCCCUCGUGCCAUUGUUGAUCCCACUUUGGUGCGCACUCCCGCCAGCAGCAGCCCCAUCGCAUGGAUGAAACACGUUGCAGGCAUCUCCGAUGACGAAAUGGCCCGGGCUGCUGGCGUCGACGCCGCCAUGCAUCUGGUCUUCUUGCGACUAGCCACCUACAUCUUUGCCGUGGCCGCCAUCUAUGGCUUGCUGGUUCUCAUUCCUGUUUACGCCACUGCAAGCAACGACGAUGUCGCAGGGCGUUUGUACCCUGAUACGGUCGGUGCCGCCAAAGUCAUUGAAUGCGAAGACCUCAUCAAGCUUCAGGAAGAGCGCCAAGAGCCUGCGACUCAACUCGAACGAGCACGUUUCAAGGAGGAACAAACGGGUGAAGUGGCCGAGACCAAAGAGGGGGGCUUUCUCUGCUUUGGUGGGAAAAAGGUUUCUGCCGUGGAUCACUUUCAAUCCGAAUUGGACAAGAAGAACAAAAAGUUUGAGGAGCGACGUAAAGAGUAUUUAAAUCAGCGCAAGUUCCUCCCUGCUGGAUUUGUUGUUUUCGACAGUCUGCGUAGUGCCACCCUGGCCGCUCAGUCCCUAGCCACGGCCAAUUAUGAAGUCUAUACGACAACACAAGCCCCCGAGGCCAACGAUGUAAUCUGGAAAAAUAUUGGCAUGAGUCGCAGCAAGCGUUCCUUCCGCCAUCUCUUGGUCGUCAUUGCCACCAUCGCGUUGAUCUUUUUCUACAUUAUCCCCAUCACAUUCGUGGCGGGCCUAACCACGAUUGAGAAUCUGGAGACCAUCUUUCCCGGCAUCAACAGCCUAGGCCCCGUCGUCAUUGGCAUUCUUCAGGGUGUGCUUCCGACGCUCGCGCUGCUCAUCUUCAUGGCCCUGCUCCCCAAGCUGAUGCGAGCCUUGUCCGUGUCCGAGGGCUUGGUAGCCCACAGCGAGGCCACCCUCUCAGCCCUCCAGAAGAUGUACUACUUUCAAGUCUUCAAUGUCUUUCUCCUCUCAAUUGUUGCGGGCAGUCUUCUCACAAUUGCCUCGGACAUUGGCGACAAUCCUUCGGGCAUUGCCUCGGAGUUGGGCGAGUCCAUUCCUCGCGUGGGCACCUUCUUUAUCAACUACGUGAUGAUUCAAGCGUUUGUCAGCCACGCCCUGCUUCUUUCGCGCGUGACCUUUGUCGCUGUCCAGCGCUUGAUGCGGAAAAUCGGAAGCAAGUCCCAGCGUGAGCUCAACUACGCACGCAACCAUCAGUACUAUGACAUUGUUCGCCCGGCUUCAGCUGCAAUUCUUGUUUUCAUCAUCACGAUUUGCUAUUCGGUCAUCGCCCCUCUGAUUCUUCCCUUUGCCAUCAUCUACUUUGCCUUUGGCUACUUUGUACUGCGCUACAUGUACUAUUAUGUGUUUGUGCCCCUGACCGACAGCGGCGGCCUGAUCUUCCCCAUCAUGACCAAGCAGCUUCUCAACGGCAUUAUCAUCUCGCAGCUUGUCGUGGCUGCCGUGCUGGGUGUAAAAGAGGCCGUUAUUGCCGCGCCUCUUAUCGCCCCACUUGUCCUGUACUCGCUCUUGCAUCGCUCGCACCUUAAUGAGGCUUUUAGCUCCGUGGGCAAGUACUUGGCCGUCGAGACGGCAGUGGAUCGUGAUCGUCAAUCCAACAAUGCGGGUGACGAAACCGUCAACAGCUACGUGGAUCCCAAUUUGAAACGCCCCAACGACUACACGCCCGAUCAUCUCUUCCAGGAAUUUGACAAGCCGCAAGACUUGAGUUUUCAGCCUGGUCUCAAGGACCAAGUAUACCACAUGACAGCCGCGAGUGCGGCGCGCGGUUCGGCAGCCCAUCACCGCGACAGCAAGAAGAGUCAGGUUGAUGAUGCUCAAAAAGAGGACGAGCAGCUACCGUUAAACAUGGGUUCGGCCUACUCGCCACCACCACAAACCUUGCAGCCCUCAGAGGUUGUCCUCAAUUUGGAGGGCGCUGACGUUGACCGCUCGGACGAUUCAUUCUACCGCUCGGCUCAAGUGUAG